AUGCGGAGUGUGAUCCGGGCUCUGGUGGCUUGGAGCUGGGUGGCGGUGGUGUGUGUGCGCGCUGCCAUGGAUGAGUGUUCGGACGAGCAGAACCGAGCGCAGCGCUGCAUGCCCGAGUUCGUCAACGCCGCUUUUAACGUCACCGUGGUGGCGACCAACACCUGCGGCUCUCCGCCCGAGGAGUACUGCGUGCAGACCGGCGCCACCGGGGUCACCAAGUCCUGCCACAUCUGCGACGCCCGGGACCCCAGGAACCACCACAGCGCCGCGGACCUGACCGACUACAACAACCAGCAGGAUACCACCUGGUGGCAGAGCCAGACCAUGCUGGCGGGCAUCCAGUACCCGAACUCCAUCAACCUCACCCUGCACCUCGGGAAGGCAUUUGACAUCACCUACGUGCGGCUCAAGUUCCACACCAGUCGCCCGGAGAGCUUCGCCAUCUACAAGCGGACCAGCGAGGGCGGCCCCUGGGUGCCCUACCAGUACUACAGCGGCUCCUGCGAGAAGACCUACCAGAAGGUGAACCACGGCUUCAUCCGCACUGGAGAGGACGAGCAGCAGGCGCUAUGCACUGAUGACUUCAGCGACAUCUCGCCGCUCACUGGAGGAAACGUGGCCUUCUCCACACUGGAGGGACGACCCAGCGCCUACAACUUCGACCACAGCCCCGUCCUCCAGGACUGGGUGACGGCCACCGACAUCAGAGUGACCCUGAACAGACUCAACACGUUCGGAGACGAGGUCUUCAACGACCCCAAGGUCCUCAAGUCCUACUACUACGCCAUCUCUGACUUCGCUGUGGGAGGACGGUGUAAGUGUAAUGGCCACGCCAGCGAGUGUGUGAAGAACAGCAGAGGACGGUUGGUGUGUAACUGCAAACACAACACGGAUGGCGACGACUGCAACAUCUGCAAACCGUUCUACAACGACCGGCCGUGGAGGAGAGCGACCGCCGACAAUGCCAACGAGUGUCUGCCCUGUGACUGUAACGGGAAGAGCGCCGAGUGUUACUUCGAUGCAGAGCUGUACCGGGCCACAGGUCACGGAGGUCACUGCAGGAACUGUGCCGACAACACCGACGGGCCCAACUGCGAACGCUGCCUCGACAACUACUACAGAGACCCGAGCAGCAGCCGCUGCCUGCCCUGCGGCUGCAACAGUGUCGGCUCGGAGUCUCCUCAGUGUGACAACAGAGGUGUGUGUGCGUGUAAACCAGGAGUGAGCGGAGAGAAGUGUGACCGCUGCCAGCCAGGGUACCACAGUCUGACCGAGGCCGGCUGCAGGCCUUGUUCUUGCUCGCCAUCUGGCAGCACUCAGGAGUGUGACGUCAACACGGGACAGUGUCGCUGCAAAGACAACGUGGAGGGCUUCAGCUGUGACAGGUGUAAACUGGGUUACUUCAACCUGGACCCCAACAAUCCUCAGGGCUGCACCCCCUGCUUCUGCUUCCAGCACUCGUCUGUGUGUGACAGCGCCGAGGGCUUCAGCGUCCACACCGUCACCUCCUCCUUCUACAGAGAUGAUGAGCAGUGGAGCGGUCAGCAGCGUGAUGGUUCCAGUGUCUCCGUCCAGUGGUCUCCCAGCGGACAGGAAAUCUCCCUCAUCUCAGACGACUACUUCCCCAUGUACUUCGUAGCCCCAGAGAAGUUCUUGGGGAACCAGAUGUUGAGUUACGGACAGAACCUGAGUCUGAGUUUCCGGGUGGAUCGGCGGGACACUCGGCUGUCGGCGGAGGAUCUGGUCCUGGAGGGCGCCGACCUGAGGGUGGCCGUCCCGCUCAUCGCCCAGGGCAACGCCUACCCCAACGAGAACAUGCAGACAUACGUGUUCAGGCUCCAUGACAGCACAGAUUACCCCUGGAGGCCGACCAUCAGCCACGCCGACUUCCAGAAACUUCUUCACAACCUGACCGCCAUCAAGAUCCGCGGCACCUACAGCGAGAGGAGUGCCGGUUACCUUGACGACGUCUCUCUGGUAACGGCGAGGCGGGGUCCAGGUGUUCCGGCCCGCUGGGUGGAGCGCUGCACCUGUCCUCAGGGUUACCAGGGGCAACACUGUGAGCAGUGCACCGUGGGAUACCGCCGCGCCCGACCGGAGCUCGGAGCCUUCAGCUCCUGUGAGCUGUGCAACUGUAACGGACACAGCGAGGCCUGCAACCCCAACACAGGAGCGUGUGACUGUCGGGACAACACGGCCGGUCUGAGCUGUGAACGCUGUAAAGACGGUUACUAUGGUGACGCCACCCGUGGGUCGUCAAGCGACUGUCAGCCCUGUCCCUGUCCGGCCGGAGCCACCUGCGCCAUGGUCCCCAAAACCAGAGAGGUGGUCUGCACCAACUGUCCUGCAGGAACCACAGGUAAGCGCUGCGAGCUGUGUGACGACGGCUUCUUCGGCGACCCCCUGGGUCAGAGCGGCCCGGUGCGAGCCUGCCGCGCCUGCAAGUGCAGCGACAACAUCGACCCCAAUGCCGUCGGCAACUGCAACCGCGAGACCGGAGAGUGCCUCAAGUGCAUCUACAACACCGCCGGCUUCUUCUGUGACCGCUGCAAGGAGGGUUUCUACGGCAACGCCCUGGCCACCAACCCCGCCGACAAGUGCAAACCCUGCUCCUGCUCUCCGUUCGGUACGGUUGGUCGACAGACGAGCUGUUCUCAGGUCACCGGUCAGUGUCAGUGUCUCCCCAAUGUGGCCGAGCGCUACUGCAGCGCCUGUCAGCCCGGCUUCUUCAACCUGCAGAGCGGCAACGGCUGCGAACGAUGCAACUGUAACCCGAUUGGCUCCACCAACGGUCAGUGUGACAUCAUCACAGGACAGUGUGAGUGUCAGCCUGGCGUCACCGGACUGCACUGUGAGCGCUGCGAGGUCAACUUCUUCGGUUUCAGCUCGUCCGGAUGCAAACCCUGCGACUGCGACCCCGAGGGCUCCCAGUCAGGUCAGUGUAAGGAGGACGGGCGCUGUGAGUGUCGGCCCGGCUUCGUCGGCGCUCGCUGCGACAUGUGUGAGGAGAAUUACUUCUACAACCGCUCAGCUCCGGGCUGCCAGCAGUGUCCCUCCUGCUACAGUCUGGUCAGAGACAAGGUGAACCAGCAGAGGCAGAAGCUGCACGACCUGCAGACUCUGAUCGAUAACCUGGGCUCGGGUCAGGACACCGUCAGCGAUAAGGCCUUCGAGGACCGGCUGAAGGAGGCGGAGCGCGCCAUCAUGGAGCUGCUGGUGGAGGCGCAGACCAGCAAAGACGUGGACCGAGGUCUGCUGGAUCGCCUCAACAACAUCAACAGCACUCUGACCACCCAGUGGAACCGACUGCAGAACAUCCGCAACACGGUGGACGACACCGGCACGCAGGCCGACCAGGCCCGCCACCGAGUCCGAGACGCCGAGAACCUGAUCGACCGAGCCCGGCAGGAGCUGGACAAGGCCAAGGACGCCAUCAGCAAAGUGGACAUCAAGCCCCCCAGCGGCACCGGAGAUCCAAACAACAUGACGCUGCUGGCGGAGGAGGCUCGGACGCUGGCUGAGAAGCACAAGAUGGACGCCGACCAAAUCGAGAAGAUCGCCAAAGACGCCAACGACACAUCGACCAAAGCGUAUAACCUGCUGCUGAAGACUCUGGACGGAGAGAGCAGGACAAGUCAGGAGAUCGACGAGCUCAACAAGAAGUACAACGAGGCGAAGGAGCUGGCCAAGAAUCUGGAGAAACAGGCCAACAAGGUUCAGGCCGAGGCCGAAGACGCCGGAAACAAAGCUCUGAAGAUCUUCGCCAACCUGACGAGCAUCCCGCCGUUUGACACCAAAGCUCUGGAGGAUGAAGCCAGUAAGAUCAAGAAGGAGGCGUCGGACCUCGACAAGCUCAUCGACAAGACGGAGAAGGAGUACAACGACCUGAGAGACGACCUGAGGGCUAAAGAGCAGGAAGUGCGCAAACUGCUGGAGAAAGGCAGAAGUGAGCAGCAGACGGCAGAUCAGCUGUUGGCUCGAGCCGAUGCUGCCAAAGCUCUGGCUGAGGAGGCGGCGAAGAAGGGACAGUCCACCUACAGGGAGGCAGAGAGCAUCCUGGACGACCUCAGAGACUUCGACAAGAGAGUCAACGACAACAAGACUGCGGCUGAGGAAGCUUUAAAGAAGAUCCCCACCAUCAACGCCACCAUCAUAGCCGCUAACCAAAAGACCAAGCAGGCGGAGGCGGCUCUCGGCAACGCAGCCGCUGACGCCCGAGAGGCCAAGAACAAGGCAGAGGAGGCCGAGAGGAUCGCAGGCAACGUGCAGAAGGGCUCUGCCAAGACCAAGGAGGACGCAGAGAAGGCCUUCCAGGACACCACCAAGCUGGACAACGAGGUGAGCGACAUGAUGGACCAGCUGGACGCCGCGGAGCAGGAGCUGGCCAGGAAGAAAGCCGAGGCCGACCAAGACAUGAUGAUGGCUGGAAUGGCGUCAGACAACGCGAAGGAGGCGGAGGACAACGCCCGCAAGGCCAAGAGCGCCGUGAAGACGGUCCUGAGCACCAUCACUGCCCUGCUGGAUCAGCUGGGAAACAUUGACAAGGUGGACCUGAGCAAACUGAACCAGAUCGACGAGUCCCUGAAGAGGGCCAAGGGCAAGAUGGGCGACAGCGAGCUGGACAGGAAGCUGACGGAGCUGAACGACGUGGCGCGGACUCAGGAGGACAUGAUCAACGACUACGACCGGCAGAUCCGCGAGAUCCGCGCCGACAUCGCCAACCUCAACGACAUCAAGAACACGUUACCCGAUGGCUGCUUCAACACGCCGUCUCUGGAGAGGCCUUAACCCCGCCCUCCUCCACCUCCAACACUCCCCCUUCACAUCUAACACUCUGGCGAACAUGCCAACUUUUACCAAAACAGUUUUUAAACCUUUUUGUUUUGUUUUUUUUGUUGUUUUUUUUUGUUCUCAGAUUCUUGUCUUUGAAGCCAACAUUUCAAGCCACGUUCACGGUUUUUAACAAAAGAGAAGCAGCUGUUUUGUUUUGUUUUUAGUUUUUGUUUUGGAGACGCAGUAACGUGGUUACGGUAGAAUGAACUAAGCGGCGUAGAGAAGCCGUGCAGAGAGGUGGAAGAGCCUCGGAGAAAAACCAGAACCACAAACCCGACGUGACUGCACCCGUCUGCACAGACAGGAAGUUCCUCUUACUUCGAGGAGUGUCCGCUCGUAUUACCCAUCAUGCCCGGGACACGCCAGCUACUUUUACAGUUUUCAGCCAGCUGAAUGCACGGCUACCCACUGUUAGAGCGCCGCUGUCCUCGGCGUUCUUUUUUUGUUUUGUUUUUGUUUGUUUUUUUGUUUUCAUUUUUACACCAACCGUGUUUUCAGAAACCACAGUGAAGGAAUCCUCUCUUCUUUUCUCCCAAAGCUUCGUGCCUGACACACAAACAGCAGAGGAAGAGUAUUUUACUUCUCUUUUCUUCAACAGUAUUUUCGCCUCCAGUGGGUUGUGAUGUCGAGUAAAGCCACGCCCACGCCGCUGGCGAAUAUGAAGCCUCUGAAGCCCUGAAAAAAUCAGUUUAUAAAUCUUGUGUGCACAAGACAAUUUAGUUUCUUGUUCCUAAGUGUUCUGGAGCCGAAGGUUAGAAGAUAUUUUCUUGCGUGAAUAGAUAUCAACGUGCGCACACAACUUUUGGAUCGUGUGGGAACAAAAUAGUAACUUGUGCAUGCAAAUGGGACGUAAAAUGGUAUCAUGUGAUCAUCAUACGGAUCUGAGUUUAGAGUAAAAGAUAAUGGAUUGUUCCCACAACAUAUGUUUCUUCCAAGGUAUGGAUCUUGAGUUAGGGUUGGCAGAUACUGUCUUGCACGCUCAAGAUAUUUACCUGUUCCCACAAGAUAUGGAUGUUGUGGGAACGAUAUUGUCUUGUUCCCACAACAUCAUUGUCUUCUUUCAUAUCUCAUAUCACAACCUGCAUGUCUUGUGGGAACAAAAUUGUAAAUUGUCCGUAAAGGUUAUUAAGUUGUAUGCAUAAUAUAUGGAUGUUUUGGGAACACACUAAAGGCCCGAACAUACUCGGGCGUACUAUAAGCGGAGCAGACUCUGCGAGGAAUGUCCGCAGUCAUUCGGGCUUUCAUAGUCGAGCGCACUUCCGCGUUGUAGUUUCCUGUAAAAAUGUCCG